AAGAAACCAGCAACUAUAAGCUCGUAUAUAGAUCAGAAUAAUUAUUAGCGUUUCGCAUAGUUGACUGCCAUUCGCAAAAAUAUUUCACGUUUUUCGGUAUAUCUUUUGAUAAAUUUGUCACUAACCAUCCGUCCAAUUUACCUUGUAGCUGAUGCCGUAUCUAAUAUUCCAAACUCGGCGGAGCUCAUCGUUCCAGCAGGCGGAAGUGUCAAUAGUUCCAGCAAAUCACCUGCGAUGUCAAUUAGGAGAUAUACAAUGUCUUGUCAAGUAAACGUAUAUAAGAGGCUCAUCUCUUCACACCAACUCAGUGCAAUCCAUCCCAUCAUCUAGCCAACAAGUCUCCACCUGUCCAGACAUCAUGUUGGUAUUGAUCCUGUCAGCCUGCGUCAUCCUUUCUCAUCAACAAUUUGUGCCUGAUUACGGACAAAGAGCAUUAUUUUGGAUACCUUAUUUAUUACCUACAUACGUCAUCAAUCAUUACCGACCUGUUUACUACGAAUACCCCGAAGACGAUGUGUUCCACGACAGCCAGACGUUCACCAAACCUUUAGAACAAUCGAAAGAACGUUUCGGUGGAGUGGAAGGUCGCAACAAUCACAAGGGCAGCGAUGGGACGGAUGGAACGUUAGGCGAUGAUUACCCAGACGUCCAGCUGAGAAUGAGCAAACCGGAUGCGCGUCUCUUUCUUUUGGGCGGCGACAGCACGUUUGACAAUCCAUUUUGGAAGACUGUUACGAUGACUUUGACAUCGAUGGUGAAUGUAACGAACAUCCAGUCUUGCCUGCCCAUAGGGCAAUUCUCUGUAGGAUCAGCCCAGAUAAUCUGUCGUCGUAAAAAACGGAUUAUCCUCGAAGAUUCUCCGCAUAUUUCUGAAGAUUCUCAGUUUGCCGUCCAUCCUUCCAAGCCGCUGCCAUUGAUGACGACGAGUGUGGCAACCAUCGGCCAAUCGGAGAACGUUACCAAUGACAUGAUUACAUCUUCUAAAGAUGACGUGAUUACCGACGAAGACGUGAACGAUAGGCCGCAGUUUUCAAAUAGGGAAAUGCGAUUCCUUUUGAAAAACUACGUAACAAUGACUGAGUAUUCUUAUGUCUUUAAUUCGUUUGUUGCCACCAAAACAGUUAGUUUGGUGGCCACAGGUUUUGGUGGCGCUCGACUUGUUUGUCGCCCAAGUGGCUACGUCGUUUGUUAAAUUUUUUUUUUUUUUAAUUCAAUAAUCAGCUAUUGUUUCAGUUACGAGUAGUAUACGGCAGUAGACUUUUUCUAAUUUCAAAAUUCUAAGUGCAUUUGAAUUUUGAUGUUGCGUGUUGAAAUUCUUCACACGAUUUGGCUUGUUAUUCGUCCGUGUCUAGCAAAAGUAAUCAAUAAAAAUAAUUGUUUUCCCCC